AUGUUCGGAAAGAGUGGGAAAUUCUUGGGCCUCCGUGGUGUGAGGCUGCAGAUUGCAGUUGGGGUCAUUGCUGGGAUGGAUUUCCUAUUGUUCGGUUAUGAUCAGGGUGUGACUGGCGGCCUUCUCACUCUGAGUUCUUUUCGAUCUCAGUUUCCGAGUAUCGAUCCGAAUGCACAGGGAAUUGUUGCGGGGUCGGCGGAACAGAGUAAUCGCUCUACAUAUCAAGGAAUCACUGUUGCAAGCUACAACGUUGGAUGCUUUUUUGGCGCAAUCCUAUGUAUAUUCAUCGGCAAUCCCCUCGGCCGUCGACGAACCAUCUUCCUCGGCUCCUCAAUCAUGGUCAUUGGCGCAAUUCUCCAAUGUAGCUCUUACUCUCUUGCUCAAUUCAUCGUCGGUCGACUCAUCACCGGUCUUGGAAAUGGACUCAACACGUCAACAGUCCCAACGUGGCAAAGCGAAUGCUCGAGAUCACAUCGACGAGGUCAAUUGGUCAUGAUUGAAGGUGCAUUGAUCACGGGAGGGAUCAUGAUUGCUUACUGGCUUGACUUCGGCUUUUACUUCCUCGACCCAAACCCUGUAUCGUGGAGAUUUCCCUUGGCAUUCCAAAUCGUAUUCUGUUUCUUCAUCCUCGCAUUUGUUCUCAGCCUCCCCGAAAGUCCCCGCUGGCUCAUCCUCAAAGGAAAAGACACAGAAGCUAUCCACGUCCUCGCGCACCUCAACGACAUGCCCGAAGAAAGCCCUUACAUCCAAAACGAAUACUCGGCCAUCAAAGACACGGUUCUCGAGAUGCAGAAAGGCACUUUUGCCGAUCUCUUUACACGAGGACCAGAUCGGCAUUUCCAUCGAACUGUUUUGGCGUAUGUGAAUCAAGUGUUCCAGCAAAUCUCAGGAAUCAAUCUUAUUACUUAUUACAUCCCGAAUGUGUUGCAAGGACAAGUUGGACUCAGUGAGACGCUGGCGAAGUUGAUUGCUGCUUGCAAUGGGACGGAAUAUUUCGUCGCUUCAUGGUUUGCUGUAUUCACUGUUGAGAGAUUCGGACGCAGACAGUUGAUGCUUUUUGGAGCUGCUGGGAUGUCCAUUUCGAUGGUAGUCCUUGCGGUUACUGACUCGAUUGGUGGGACGAAAGCGGGAAUCGCUCAAACAGUGUUCUUAUUUGUCUUCAACACUUUCUUUGCGAUUGGAUGGUUGGGAAUGACUUGGUUGUAUCCGGCUGAGAUUGUGCCGUUGAGGAUUCGGGCUCCUGCCAACGCAUUGAGUACGAGUGGGAAUUGGUUGUUUAAUUUUAUGGCGAUCGUUAUGAUCACUCCAGUGGCAUUUAACAACAUCGGUUAUCAGACAUACAUCAUCUUUGCAGUCAUUAAUGCAGCCAUAUUCCCAGUCGUCUACUUCUUCUACCCAGAAACCGCCUAUCGUUCACUCGAAGAAAUGGACAGCAUUUUCCAAAAGACCAAGAAUGCAUUCACUGUCGUGCGUCAAGCAAAGGAAGAACCGAGACGAUACGGAAAGCAUGGAGAGGCUCUCAUCAAUUAUGAGGAGACAGAGGAGCAUAAGAGGAGGGCUAGUCAAGCUAAUGUGGAGCAUAAGGAGACAUCGAGUUAG